AUGAAACUAAUUCUUGAAGUUGAAGAGCUCAUCACCGUGGAGUAUAAGACGGGGAUUAGCUGCUGCUUCAUUAUCAGAUUCUCAAUUCUUCAUCAGUUACAACAAGAAAACAGAGAACACUUUCUUUGUGAGGCAUCUUCCAUUCUAGGCUACCGAUUUGUUUCUGUGAAUAAAGUCUCCGAUCACAUUUUCUUCGUGGACGUAGGUGCUCAAGAAUCUACUAUUGGUUUUCUAAAUUUCAUUCCUGUGCUAAAAGGCAAUACCUAUGCAUCAUGGAGAAGCAAGGUAUUGAUUGGUUUGGGGGUUGCAAAUUUGGACUAUGCACUUCGGACGGAGCAACCCGCCCCUCUUAUUGAUGAAAGUUCCGAUGAGAAUAAAUGGAAUUUUGAGAGGUGGGAACACUCCAAUCGCAUGAGUCUUAUGAUUAUGCAACAUGCCAUCCCUGAAAACUUUCGCGGUACUGUCCCGAAAGAAGCAACAACUAAGGAAUUCCUCGAGGUCAUUGAUAUGAAUUUCGCAAGCAAUGAAAAGGCUGAAACGGCUUCAUUGAUGCAUAAACUUGUGACCAUGAGGUAUAAUGGCCGAGGGGAAAUUUGGGAGCACAUUAUGGAAAUGUCAAACACUACUUCAAAGCUCACUACACUUAAUUUGACGAUCAGUGAUGAUCAAUUAGUGCAUUUGGUUAUGAUAUCUCUUCCUCAUCAAUUUGAUCACUUCAAAGUUAGUUACAAUACUGUGAAGGAUAAAUGGUCAUUGAAUGAGUUGAUUUCUCAUUGUGUUCAAGAGGAAGAGAGGAUGAAGCAAAGUAACGGAAAGUGCUCACUUAGCAACAAGCUAUAA